CCCCCCGCCCUCCACCACCACCACCAAACUGGAGCAGAUUUGAGGAUGAGCCCUGUUUUGUUCCUCCUGCAGCUGCUCCCGCCCCUCCUCUCGGCACAGGUUACCAUCAUUUCCGAGUUAGGGACCACGACAGAGUCCAUUGGGAAUGGUACGGGGGCGUCGGGCGCAACCUACAGCCCUGACCCCUCGGGGUCAGUCGCAACCCCUUCGGAUGCCCCGGAGGAGGACUGGAUGCCGGCGGAGGCCUUUCUCUUCAGCGGUGACUCCACGGUCUUGGAGAGGGCGGAGUGCGACCGGGCGUACAGCCUGUCAGGGCAGAGUGGCCCCCUGCCGCACGGGUUCUUCGGCCCCCUCCGGUCAUCCAUGGACGCCUUGGCCAACAUGGCCAACUUCCUCAACAUGAUCUUCCAGGCCAGCGACUUGCGGGAGAGUAGCGUGCGCGACGAUAUGGAGUGGUACCACGCCAUGGUGCGCUCCCUCCUGGAGGCCGACCCCCUCAUCCGCCACGCCCUCCUCACGUUUGACGCGGACCCGGCCGCCCCCGUGCCCCAACUCGUGCUCCGCGCGUCCCGGAACCCAGCCCCCGUUUACCAGAACAUCCUGCUCCAGGACCUGUCGAGCCGGUGGGAGAGUCUUCACCCCCCGGCCCCCGCGCCCGACGACACUUGGUUCAGCGGUUUGAAGUUCCCAGACUCCCCAGGCCCGACCUUGUCGAAAAGAGUCCUCUUCAAUGACCUCAGCACCCUGGACACGCCCAAGUGGGGUCGGGGUGACAGCUACGUGACCAAUCGCAGCGGGGUCCGCUGGGCGGGCGGGCCCUUCCUGGAGUGUGAGGAUGGGCGCUUCCUGCCAGGCUGGCUGCUCACCCUGUCGACUUCUUUCUACGGCCUGAAACCUGACCUCAGCCCAGAGUUCAGGGGUGUAAUCCGCGUGGAUGUGAACGUACAGGGCUUUGAUGUGAACCAAUGUGCCACAGGGGAUGCUUGGUUUGCCAACACACACGAGUGCAAUCGUACCACCAUGGAGUGUGAGCCAAUCCCAGGCCAGGGAUUCAGAUUGGGCCAGUACUGCUGUCGCUGCAGGGAGGGGUACUACAGCCCCCCAAUGGACGAGGGUGGCGCUCCGAAUGGCAGCAACGGCGAGGGGGUCAGCGUGUGUUACCCCGCCCUGCCCAUCUGUCUUCCCUGUUGGCCGGGCUGCGGCAGCUGCGUGGACAGCGCCCCCUGUUGGGUAGAGGAGGACUGGUUCCUCAGGGCCUGGGUGCUGGCCGUCCAGGGCUUCUUCAUGCUGCUGGUGUUUAUCAGCAUGCUGGUGGCCUACCAAUUCAGACGGAGCAGGAGGAUCCGGGCCUCUGGGCUCCUACUGUUGGAGACCAUCCUGUUUGGUUCUCUGCUCCUUUACUUCCCGGUCUUCAUCCUGUACUUCAGGCCCAGCACCUUUCGAUGCAUUCUGCUUCGCUGGGUGCGACACCUGGGCUUCGCUAUUGUCUACGGAACUGUGACCCUGAAGAUGUAUAGGGUUCUCAAGGUGUUCCUGUCACGCACAGCGCAGAGAGUGCCCUACAUGUCCAGCGUACAUCUGCUCAGGUUGCUGGGAUUCAUGGUGGUGACAGUCAGCUGGUUCCUGUGCGCGUGGACCGUGGGCGUUCUGCAGAACCGCGACCGUAACAUUCCCCUGCUGAUCACGUCGACCACAUCCGACGGCCAGGGCUUUAACGUCUGUGACCUGGACCGCUGGGACUACAUGAUGGCAGUUGCCGAGCUGCUGUUUCUGUGCUGGGGCAGUUUCCUAUGCAGCGCAGUUAAGCCAGUGCCCUCAGCCUUCCAUGAGCCUCGAUACAUGGGCAUCGCUAUACACAACGAGCUGCUGCUGUCUUCCAUGUUCCACCUGCUACGGUUUGCAAUGCCCUCUCUGCAUCCCGAUUGGAUGCUGUUGCUGUUUUUCGUCCACACACAUGUCACCAUCACCGUGACACUCGCACUGCUCUUCAUACCCAAGUUCCUCCAUGUGUCAAGGGUGGGGAGAGAGGAGAUUGCAGAAGAGGUUUAUGAAGAUGAGGUGGACUUGAGGCGAUCUGGCUCAUACCUAAACAGCAGUUUCACCUCAGCAGUUUGGACUGACCACAGCCUGGAUCCCGAUGACAUUCGGGAUGAGUUGAAGAAACUGUAUGCUCAAUUGGAGGUCCACAAGACCAAGAAGAUGACGGCGAACAACCCUCACCUGCAGAAGAAGCGCAGCUCCCGUCGUGGGCUGGGUCGAUCCAUCAUUAAGCGUAUCAGUGAGAUUCCAGAGUCCAUGAGCCGACAAUGCAGCCGAGAGGACAAAGAAGUCAACCUGGGCAGCAGAAGUUUGACUCACUCAGAGUCCUGUAAGAGAGUUCCAAAUGCUGUGAGUGUAAAUUACAGAGAUGAACCAGUCAAAAAGCCACCCCCAGUACUGUGUAAAUCCCAGAGUAACUAUGACAAUGUAAAAGACAUGGAACCUUCUUUGCACAACAUCAUGUUGAGGGCAAACCAAGCUAAGAGGAGCUCCCUGCACUCAGAAACAGAUUCAGUAGAUAUCGCACCCUUGGUUUGUAAGUCGGCCAGUGCCCUAAAUCUUACAGUCGAGAACGACCUCCUGCUUCCUGAACUCAACAAGCUACACAAGUCGCUGAGUUUAACAAACAGUAAAGCUCACAGUCUGGACGACACCUCUCGGGUAGGAAGAGAUACCUCAAGAGAACAAUGGCAGUCUAAACAGGAUGUCACUAUUAAGGACCAAACCUCAAGUGCCCUUGUGCAGUCCCAGUCAUAUGACAAGGCUGAAGUGUGUCCCUGGGAGUUGGAGGAGGAACAACCUACCAACAAGAAUCAACCACAUGUUACCUUUGCUCCCUCUCAUGAAGGACCACCAAAGAGUCCUGAGUGUAUAUUAGCACCAAUAGCGAUGCAUGUUUGCCCCUGGGACCAUUUACCGGAUCCUACGCCAGCAGAGAAUUCUGCUGUGGAGUCACAAGGGGUAGAGGCAGAAUGCGAGUCUCCCACACCCCAGGCUUCUAGCUCCACUAGCGCGCCUGGGUCCCCAAAGUCUGCAAAGGAGACGCGGGUCUUCUCUUUCCGCACUUCUAAAUGGCACUCUGUAAAAUCUUUUAUUGGAUCUAUGGAUGCUAGUGUCAAAGAAAAAGACAAAUUGGGAAAUGCAGUGAAGAAACAGGACUCUUUAGCACAAGACAGCCAUGGGAGCGCAGCAGUUAAUGCCACAGCCUCAGCAUUAAAAGCAAGAACUCCAAGCAAUUCAGGCUUAGAAAAGAAAACAGAAUGUGUUUCAAAGUCAGAAAUGUCUAGUAUUGACAAGAAAAUAAUGCAAAAAAGAAGUUUGACAACAGUAGAUGCAAAACCAGUUCUUGUUAAACAGGCUGCAAUAAGAAUGUCUUCAAGUGAUUCCUCUGGAAGAAGUCCGAGGAGAAUUGUGGUGGUGCAGUCCACUAACAAUCCUUUGGAUGCAGAAGACGUGCAGAAAGACAGCACCUGUGAAAAUGUGUUCAUAUCAAGGGAAAAUAGUAAAUGUAGCACGGCUAGAACUCCUUCCACUCACAGAAGAGGUAUCCAAGUCCGGCCUUCUCUGAGUGCUCCCUUAUCAGAUAUUUGCCCAUGGGAUGUUCCAGUUCCCAUGAGAAAACAGAGCGCAAUACCAGACAUCUGUCCGUGGGAGGCAGAAGAACCAGAGAGGCAUCCAAAGACACCUGCACUUAUCAUGGUAUGUCCUUGGGAAUCAGAUGAGAUAUUGCAAGAAGAAUUGAAAAAACAGAAUAGUUUCAAGGAACCGGACAAGAUAUUACAAGAUGACUUGAAAAGGCAGAAGAGUGUCGGGGAAGACGUAUGCCCUUGGGAUGUCACUCCUCCUGUCACCCCAAAUACAGCAAUUUCUACCUGGUCUGAGAAGAAACUAAAUAAAGGAUUUCCUUGGGAAACUGAUGAAAUUCCGCAGACCUCUCAUGGUCUGAAACACCAACAAAGUGUCCGGGUCUGCCCUUGGGAUGUGCAGGAUUCCCUCCCUGAAAAGGUAAAAGUGGAAAUAAAUGAUGAAAAUAUUAAUUCCCAGGAUGACAAGGGAUUGAGUAAGGCACUGAAAAACUGUCAGGAAACACUGCAUGCCAAUGUCUGUCCUUGGGAAUCAGAGGACACAGCAAGGAACAGACAAACGAAAACUACUGAGCAAUCUAAAUCUGCCCCAGGAAAACCAAGUUUAACCUUAGCAGAAGCAUGUCCAUGGCAGUUUCCUGAUCCACAUAAAGACUUAAAAGAACUUUGUCCCUGGGAGGAGGAGAGUCCACAGCAAUCCAUAACCAGACACAUCACUAAAGGUUCUUUCCAGGAAACCACUGUAAAAAAAACUGACAUUUGUCCACAAGACACUGGAGACCAUGAAAAGACAGGAAAAAAAGGUGUUCUGCAUACAAAUGUUUGUUCUUGGGAAUUAGUGGAAACAACAAGACAGGACAGUCCCCAAACAAACAUCUCUAAGAACAAAGAAGAAACAGACAGCAUGCAAACUGACCAAAACAUUACUGACAGCAUUCAAGCAAAUAUUUGUCCUUGGGAAACUGAGCAAUCAGAGAGGAAACAGCAGCGAGUCAUGACUAUGGCGGAUGUUUCUAAAGACACAGGAAGGACAAAAAGACAUGCCAGUGCUCCGGCAAAUGUUUGUCCAUGGGAAACUGGGGCAACUGAAGAGCCAAUUAACCCAAAAAGACGAGAUAGCACUCGAUCAGACAUUUGUCCAUGGGAAAAUCAUGGGCCAAAAAAGACAGAGAAAAAAGAAAGUGUCAAAGUAAAUAUUUGUACUUGGAAAACUAGAUCGACUGACAAAACAUAUCGAAGACAUAGUACUAAAACGUACAUCUCCAAUGAAACUGAAAAAUAUAAAAGACGAGACAGCGUUCAAGGUAACAUUUGUCCCUGGGAAACAAAUAUCUCUGAACACCCAGAAAAGCAAAAAAAUCUAAGCAGUGUUCGGGGAGACGUUUAUCCAUGGGAAACUGGUUUUGCUGAAGUGCCAGACAAGACGACGAGACGACAUAGCACCAGGGCAGACGUUUGUCCAUGGGAAACUGGUUUAGCUGAAGUGCCAGACAAGACGACGAGACGACAUAGCACCAGGGCAGAUGUUUGUCCAUGGGAAACUGGUUUAGCUGAAGUGCCAGACAAGACGACGAGACGACAUAGCACCAGGGCAGAUGUUUGUCCAUGGGAAACUGGUUUAGCUGAAGUGCCAGACAAGACGACGAGACGACAUAGCACCAGGGCAGAUGUUUGUCCAUGGGAAACUGGUUUAGCUGGAGUGCCAGACAAGACGACGAGACGGAAUAGCAUCAGGGCAGAUGUUUGUCCAUGGGAGAGUGGUUUAGCUGAAGUGCCAGACAAGACAAAGAGACGGAAUGGCACCAGGGCAGACGUUUAUCAAUGGGAAACUGGUUUAACUGAAGUGCCAGACAAGCCAAAGAGACGACAUAGCACCAGGGCAGAAAUUUGUCCAUGGGAGACUGGUUUAGCUGAAGUGCCAGACAAGACAAAGAGACGACAUAGCACCAGGGCAGACAUUUGUCCAUGCGAUACUGAAGUCUCUCAAGUAUCAGAACAGACAAAAAAGCAAGAAAGUUUUCAAGCUGACAUUAGCCCAUGUGAAACAGAUGAACCAGAAAAAUCUUCAGAGAAAGAGGAAAUGAUCCUUGUAAGUAGCAGAGAAAAUGUAAUUAAGACCCAAGAAGUCCUAUCUAUGGAGGAAGUUGACGAGGCACCCCCUGUGGCCAGAACUAACAUUCCCCUGGCUCGGCGUGAUGCAAUUUUCCCUUGGGAGAUGGAAGAGACCAAACUACCCGCAUCCCCCUCAUCCAUAACAGAACAUGACAAUAACUCUGACAUUUUUACAUGGGAUCCUGAAAACAUUCCCGAAGAGGAAGAGGAGGAGGAGGAAGAUGAUGCUGAGAGUGCUGCAGAAGCCUUCGUCUUUCCAUCUGACUUGUAAGCAUUAACCGGCUAGAACAAGACAGGUCACAGUAAGUCGUUGCACCAAUCCACUGACUGGCUCACUGUGCAAAGCUCUCCCAUAGCAGGGGUGGAGUAAGUAACUGGACAUGAUCUCUGCUAGCCUCAGUGCAGCAAAGGCCCCUGGGCUGUCCAUCUACACAAACAUUGCUCCACAAGAAAUACACGCCUGAGCCUGGGUCGGCUGCUGCUCUGCUCUCCAGAGGAAUAUUUACCCCCCAGGCUCUCGAUCUGAAGUGUCUGGAUGCUGUCCCUCUUCUUCCCACUUUGAUCCCACCCCCCCUUUUUUAUAUUUCAUAUUGUUUCCUGUGUCUUUGGGUGUUUGUGACAAUGCACACUCUUGUAUCACAUAGUUAAACCCAAUAGUUGUGGGAUCCGUUGUGAUGGCACGAAAAGCUUGACUGUGAAUUUCUAAAAGAACCGCCUACUAAUAAAUCCUUAUAGACACAAAGGUAUAUACUAUAUUCCUCGAACUUAACUGAGGACAGUGAAGCCAGUUCCACUGUUUUUUCAUUUUAACACUUGAAUGAGGAACUUAUUCAGACCUGAGACACCAGAUGGGUGCAAUUAAUAAAGUAGAUCAGAAGAACAGCAGGCUCCAGACCUCAUAGGGUAAGAGUUGAGUACCCAUAAACUAUACCAUCAGUGCUCACCAGGUUAACUUGGAAACACAAACAGCAUUUUGGAAAUAACUUGUGAAUGAUGGAGAUCCAUUUCCUUUUGUUGCCUCAUAUAAACCCCACCAUAGAAUUUAAGGAUAUUAAUAAAUGAUAAACAAAACAUACAUGUACAUUUAAUAGAAAUUCAAUUAUAAAAAUAGAACUAGCUAUUAUUUUAUAUAAAGUGCCUUCAGAAAGUAUUCAGACCCCUUUUUGUCUUUUUUUUUCACAUUUCUGUGUAUUAUUGAUUUACAUUAAUUUCACCAUUAAUCUAUACACAAUACCCCAUAAUAAGUGAAAACACUUAUGUGUUUGCCAAUUUACUAUUAAUAAAAAACAGAAAUGUAUUUGAAAUGUAUUCAGUACUUUGUAGAAGCGCCUUUGGCAGAGAUCACAGCUUUUGAGUCUUCUUGGGUAUGCCGCUACCAGCGUUGCACACAUGAAUUUGGAGAGUUUCUCCCAUUCUUUUUUGUAGAUGCUCUCAAGCGCUGCCAGAUUGGAAGGGGAGUGUCAGUGAACUGUGAUCUUCAGGUCUCCCCAUAGUUGUUCAGUUAGAUUCACUCACAUUAACAGACUUGUCCCAAAGCGCCUCCAGCGCUGUCUUCAUUCUGUGCCUCAAGACACUGUCGCACUAGAAGAUGAAUCUUGUCCCAAGCCUCACCACGGCCCUUUUUACCCAGUUACCUAGUUUGGCUAGAUGGCCAGUUCUAAGUCUUCAUGGUUCCAAUCUUCAUUCCUUUUCACUUUGAUUGAGCCCACUUUUUUCCUGUUAUCUUUCAUUGCUUUAGAAAAUUGUAACCUUUCCCAGAUCUUUGCCUUGACACGUAUCAAUGAGGUCUACAGAGCGUUCCUUGGAUUUCAUGGCUUGGUUUUUUCUCAAACAUUCAUUGUGAAGUGUGGGACUUUAAAUAGACAGGAUGGUCACAGGACACAGAAUGCAUAUGAGCUCAAUUUGGAGUGACAUGAAAAGGGUCUGAAUACUUAAUAUAAGAUAUAGCAUUUUUUUUUAUCCUUAAUAAAUUGACACUAUUUUCAAAAACUGUUUUUUUCCUUAGUCAUUAUGGGGUAUUGUGUGUAGAUUGAUGGCAACAAAAAUAUUUAAUCUUUUAUAAGUCUAUAACUCAACAAAACGUGAAGUGAAAUGGUCUGAAAAUGUUCUGAAGGCUCACAAAUCUGUUUUAAAAGUUUUUUAAGAGUUAGGAAAACUAACAUAUGUUGUAGCAAAUCCCCUGCAGAACCUGUUUAAUCUGAAGUGUUUCUAACCCAAGGAGUCUGUGGAAGUACUUCUGGCUGUCCAGCGCCAGAUCAAAUCUUUUUCUUUUCUAGAAAAUAGAUUUGGCAAAGGGAUAAGCGGAAAAUGUUUAGAGGGUGUUAUACAAGGUAAUAUUAAAUCAACACAAAUCAGUCUCAUUUAGUUUAGUUGGUACACUGAGGCACUUGCAAUGCCAGGUUUGUGAGUUCAAUUCCCUGGAGGGGGUGAGCUGAAAGAAAGUAUUAAAAUGUAUGUAAUUACUUCCUUAAAUUACUCUCAUUAACAGCGUCUGCCAAAUUACUUCAAUUCAAGUAUUUGUACCCAUUGCUCCUCCAAAUCACAUUUUCUAAGUAAUAAUCUUUUGUAUUUAUAUAAAGUUUAUAGUUUCCCAGAGCCCAGACUUCCCUCGUUCAGCCAUGCACUGGCAAAGUCAUGAAAUUCCUUGUAUGCUAUUUUUACUUUACUGUUGUGCCCAAGGGUACAACAGAGGUGGUGCCAAUUGGCUCAGCACAGUCCAGGGUACACAGGAAAGAUGUUCCACAGGGUUGACACGUCUUGUUGUGCCUAAGCAACUUCCAGUAGGGUCCCUGUAAGCCCAAUCAUGGUUGUUAGCCAGAGAAUGCACUCUCUGUGCAUUCUACUAUAUUUUAAAGUACACAAAUACAAAGCUUCCCAAAAUGAAUUGCAAUUCCAGUAGUCCUGCUAUAUCUGUACAUAACAUCAUUGUGAUAGAUUUAUUUGCCAUUUUCCUAAGUGAUUUUGUCUGCAUGCAAUGAAAGCAUUAGAAACUGGUUUUGAAUAUGCCAGCAUUCCAUCCAAGCGUACAGAGCGGAGAAUAAGAUUCAGUAUCUGAGCUAUAUAAAAUACAACAUACCAGACAGUGCUAUUAGAAUGAGGUGGCAUCUUGUGCAAAUCAUUUGAAACAUUACCUGUGAAUAAUUUAGAUUAGUUGCCAUUUAUGAAGUUGUUAUUCAGGAACAGCUAUUGCAUGUUUUCCCCUUGACCAACAUAAAAAUAAAAUUACACAAAGCUACAAAAGUUCAGUAUAAUGCUAAUUCCAGGAAAAUGAUCUGUCACUACCAAAACAUAUAUGUGAAACAGACUAUUAAAAUCACUGAUGUUAUGUGAGAUUAAUCCUUAACCGAAGUCACAUAGCACUGUCAGCUAUGCAAAAUAACUAGAACGCUGUCUCGUAGGUUAGUUGCAGAUUUACAUUGAAAUUUACAGUAACUUUGUGAUAAGAAGUUUGAAGGGAAGUUCAGCCAAAACCUGUUAUAUCAAGAUUUCAAGCAGCUUUUUGAAGUCCUUCUUGCAGUUUGGCAGAUAGUCUACUGGAAAUUCCAGUUUUCAGGGAAAAUGACACAUUUUCACCAAUAUAAACCCAAAAUAACAAAGACCUGGAAAAUCUACUGAUUUCUACCCAUGAAACUCAUGUUGAAUCUCAACAGAAAGAAAAUGAGUACACUACAAAGAACACAAUCCAUAAUCCUUUCCAUUCAUUGUAGAUUCCAGAGACCAUGUUCCCAGAAAUAAUAUAGCCAAUGGCAUUGUAUCUGUACACCAAACAUAACCAUUCAAAUGUCAAAUCUCCCCAUUUGGUGGGAAACAAAACUUGUGCAACGGGGACAUCGUCUUUCAUUGCCUCAUGUUACUUCCAUUGUACUAACCUAGUUUUGUGAACGUUUGUUUAUGCAUGUAAUGUAUUUUCUGAAUGGGUGUGCUACGUAUAGCCUGUUAAGUAGAAUCAAAUACUAUCAUUACACAUCCUUUUUAUAUGUAUGUUGACAAUUAUUUCUGUUGAGAUGUCAGUUCUUUUUGUAUGUAAUGCCUAUGAAAGCUAGAGAUUAUUCUAAUAUAAAUUUACAAUCACUGAAUUCGAAAGGUAUGGAAAGAAAAAGAGAUUGGACAUUUUAUUUUUGUAUU